AUGGGGGACGUUUUUACUGGUUGGAUGCCGGAUAUUGAUUCGAAGGAUGAAGAAGAAGUAUUGAUCGCGAGACCACAUUUUGGGUUAAUCGGUGAAGGUGGAUAUCGAUAUACAAACAGUCCUCCGCCGAGGCUAGAAGAUAUGAUGGCUGAGUUACCGGUAUCAUCACUAUCAUCAUCACUGAAUACUCUCGAAAUCAUGUCUACCGACGAAUUAUCCAACCUCAUGGAUGGUGAAAAUCUUAUUAAUAACUCCAACGACCACUCCAUCGACUCUCGCAGACCAAGUCUAUAUCCUUUUGGUUCUUCUAUCAUCGACGACGACGACGGCAUUUUUCAAAAAUGUAGAACGUUGGAUACGGAACCUAGAUUUGUAUAUUCUGGUCGGGUAUCGAAUGCUGAUAUAUCCUUAUCCGCCAUAUCAGGGGUUUUUAAAAUAUGCCUGGGGAUCGCACCGGAUGCGACGUGUGCUAAAGACCUUGUGGUGCCGGAGGAAGAGUUGGAAGUUGGAAAUGAGUUUUGUGGGGUUUCUUAUAAGUUUGAGAUUCCGGGGAGGUAUUUAAAGACUACUACUACUACUACUACUUCUACUAGUGGAGUUUGUGGGAGAAUUGUGGUUUUUCAAUGUGAUAGGGAGGAUGUGGCGGAGGAGAUGUUUAGAAGGAGACUUGGGGAGGUUGUGAAGGUGAAAGGUGUGAAAUCGGUGCAACCGUUGGGGGAGUCGGGGAUUGGACAUUAUGCGGUUCAUGGGGAUGGGAUUAGUUGGGUUAGAUAUUCGAUUUUUGCGAGGUUGAAGGUUUUGGGGGAUAUAAAUAUCCCAUUCUUCAACCUCGCUCGAGAGCUAGACACCCACUUCGCUGCUACUCCCGCCACGAUACCACAAAAAAUCGUUCCGAAGGACUGUUUCAUCGAGUCUGGAAAGAAUAUAAUAGUCCGUUCUGGUGAUGUAUUUGUGGUUCGGGUUAGACAGGAUAGAGAUCAUUACGGGAAACCGUGUUUUUGGGUGAGGGAUUGGGGGUUGACUUCCAUGUUGGUGCUGGAUGAUGGUGAUGAUGAAGGACCUGGGGAGAAGUUCUUUAGGGCUGGGAGACCGGGGAGAACGGUGAUUGACGUUGUGGUUGUGCAUGUUAGGACCAUGCAUCGGUUGAGGGUUGAGGUUGGGGUGACUGUUGUGUGA